CAAGUGUCCAGUGUCCCCGAGACAAGAGAGGAAGAUGUCGGCUGCUGGACGUCUGAUCGCUGCUUCUCUUGUACGGUAUUCAACUGGGAUUGCUAUACAGCGGAACAUUUGCUCCACAGCAUGUUCUUUGGGAAUAAAAUCUCGUUGGGUGGCCCCAUAUCGAAGAGAAUUGCUGAAAAGGCAAAAAAUAAUGGUGAAGAAAGGCCUUGCACCCAGUUCUAGGCGAUCAGAAUUUAUUGAAUGGAAUUAUGAUGCAGAGUUGUUUGCAUUUGGCAAGAGAUUGCAAGAAGAAUUUAAUGGAGAACUGUUGCGCGAGGCCUUGACUGAUUCCUCUUACAUUGCUCAAGAGACUGUUCGUCAACAGGCCCUCGAUGUUGAUGUCCCUGCUCUUGAUAUGAACAGCAACAAACAAUUGGCAGCAGCUGGAGAAAAAAUUAUAUUAGAUUAUUGUACAAAGUAUUUGAGAGCAUCUCUUCCACUCUUGCCAGAGGAGGGUAUCAGAGCUUUAGUCGAGUAUUUAUCUUCAGAGGAAGUCAUGUCGGACAUUGGAUUUGGCAUUGGACUAAAGGAUCUAAUUCUAUGUCAGGAGUACCCUCCUUCACCCCAAACACUGGCGAAGAGCUUUAGAGCAGUGGUGGGAGCAUUAAAUGCUUCAGCAGGCAUCAGUCGCUGCCAGCUCUUUGUUCGGGACUUUGUUGCCUCAUAUUUAGUAGGGAAGGAUCCCAGCGACAUAUGGCAGAUUGAAAGCCCAAUGGAACUUCUCAAAGAUAUUCUUGUUCGCAGUGGUUAUGGGGAGCCUGAACCAAGACUAAUGUUUAAAACUGGAAAGAACACAAUCCAAGCCGUAUAUCAAGUUGGAGUAUAUUCUGACAAGAAGCUUAUGGGCUCAGGUUAUGGUGAAACUGUAGAUACGGCUGUGGAACAAGCAGCUCAUGAUGCAGUCAAGAAACUUUUCCAUAUAGCAGAAGCUAGUAAUCCUCUGCCAUUUGGGAAAGACGCUGAUAAAAUUGUUCUUGCUGACCAAGAAAAUACACCAUUAAGUGAAUGGUCUAUUAAUAAAUUACACAAUAUUGUAAACUGUUAGUGUUAAAUAAUUUAAAAUUGGCAUUCUUGCCUCACUUUUAAUAAAUAUCCCACAACAGACUAAGCAGCAUUAAGGUCAGGUGAUGUGACUGAUGAUUUUGCAUAAAGCAAUAAGUAUCCGUUUGCAGCAUCGAAGAUAUUGUGCCGGAGUUUUAUAUCUGCCAGGCAGCGUGGACACUAGUGUGACUGUUGUCACACUGGGGCAUCCAGGGCAUUCAGUGAUGAAUGCAUUCCGUUUGCAUUCAGGCCAACUGUGAUAGAAGAUUGGACUCGGUCAAUGGCGAGUCCAGACCAGGCUUUGAAUUAUAACUUGGUUCAGGUUAUGGGCCAUAUUUAAGUAUAUAAUGAAAUCAAAAUAUAAUUUGAUAAUAUAUGGCUAUACAGUGGCACUUUGGUUUAGGAAUUCGGUCCAUUUCAAGAGACGGUUCGUACAACAAAAA